AUGAUUCAUCCUGAGUCAGAUGAUGAGGAUAAUCAAUCAUUUACCAGCAGUGGCACCAAAUCACCACCCCCACCUUCUCCAGGACACAAAAAAUUCCUGUUUCCUAAAAAGGAAUAUGUAGAUCAUCUACGACCAGAGGAGAUAAAUUGGUUCUUCAAACAAGAAGGUGACAAAAAGUGGACUCCUUUUAUUGGAUACGAUUCCCUGCGAAUUGAAUGUCGUUACCGUGCCCUGGCGUUUGGUCCUCAAGCUGUUGGAGAAGAUAUUGACGUUAAAGAGAGAAUAUUAGUUAGAGGUGGUCUGUAUGAAGUUGAUGUUGAUAGUAAACAGUGUUUUCCUAUUUACUGGUCUGGUGAUGUAUCUACUAUAUUAAGAGGUACCUGGUUUCAUGAUAGUACGUGGCAGCCAUUGGAAGAGGAUUAUGCCAAUCAGCUUGAAACUGAACAUUUAGCUAAUUUCAUUGGUCAGAGAUUAGAGGAUGCCCCUCCAAUUAUUGUUAAAGGUCCAAGACCUGUGAUACAUAAUAUUAGGUUCCAUGAAUUUCACAUUGAUUGGAAUUCUGCCAGUGAAAUCUACCUCUUUAGUGAAUCUGCUUCCUCCAAAUUCAUGAGAAAAGUCAGUCAUUCGUUAGGAUGGCAGAAAUGUGACCUGGUUUUUAUUUUUUCAGCUGGUAACAGAUUACAUCGUGGAUAUUGUUAUGAAGCUGUAAUGGAUGAUAAACCACCAGAUAUAACCCAUCUAGUAUUUGUUAUACAUGGUAUUGGUCAGAAGAUGGAGACUGGUAGUAUUGUCAGAUGUUGUAAGGCAGUAAAUCAUCUAAAAUGUAAAUUAUUUCCAAAAUUUGACUCUUCAAAUCAGAGAGCUGAAUUUUUACCUGUUGAAUGGAGAUCUUCUCUAAAAUUAGAUGGAGACACUGUUGAUAAUAUAACACCUAAUAAAAUGAAAGGAGUAAGAAAUAUAUUAAACUCUAGCGCCAUGGAUAUAUUAUAUUAUACUAGUCCAGCCUAUAGAACAGAGAUCACCAAUAGCCUUGAACAUGAAUUAAACCGUCUAUAUAGUCUAUUUUGUCAGAGACAUCCUUAUUUUGAAGCUAAUAAUGGCAAAGUAUCUAUACUUGCACAUUCAUUAGGUAGUGUAAUAACUUAUGAUAUUAUAACAGGUUGGAAACCAAUGAAGAUGUAUGAUCAGCUAGUUAAUUCUGUUAUUAAUGAUGAAAGAGAACAAGCUAGUGGAUCAAAAGAACUGUUAGGUGAACUUGAUAAAGCUAGAAAACGGGUAAAUGAAUUGGAAGAGUUACUUACAUCUGUACAGGAAAGACAAAAUUCAACAUUUAAACUUAACUUUAAUAUAGAGAAUCUGUUUUGUAUUGGUUCACCAUUAGCUGUAUUUUUAGCCCUACGUGGUUUGAGACCUCAGGGUACUGGAACAUUAGAACAUAUUUUACCUACUGAUUCCUGUAAACGUUUAUUUAAUAUUUACCAUCCAUCUGAUCCUGUGGCUUACAGACUGGAACCUUUAGUGUUAAAACACUAUGCUACCAUAAUGCCUUUACCAAUACAUCACUAUGAUUCCCGCCAUAAAACACCUUAUGUCAAGAUGCAGAGAAAAGCCUAUGCUGCUUUAAAAACCACAUCUGAAGAACAGAUAAAUGUGAAAAUAAAUAAAGUAGGAGAUAAUGGAGAUAAAGAUGAUUCUGAUUCAGCUUCAGAAAUAAAUCUCAAUCCUUCUAAAAAAUUCUCAUUCUGUAAGUAA